UCGAUCAAAGAAUUGCUGAGAAGUACGAACGAAACGAGCAUCGUUGGCGCUAUGACGACGUCUCUUCUUCAAGUCCUUUUACCUCCGGUGAAAUCAACCGCUACGGCGUUUUACGAUCAUUCAAACGAUCCGUGGUUCAAGUACCGUUCCAUGGAAUCUGAGGCGAAAAGAUUCUCUGGUGCCAUCGUAAAACCAGUACCUGCUUACAUGAAUCGGCAAGGUUUUCGUCCCGAUCAUCAGGGUUUUGGAGAUGGUGGUGCAUUCCCUGAGAUUCAUGUCUCUCAGUACCCUCUUGGCAUGGGUAAGAAUAGAUCCAACAAGACUCUGCCUGUUACCCUGGAUGCUCAGGGAAACGUGGUCUUCGACGCGGUUGUGAGGCAGCAGAGUGAGAUUUCUAAAAAGAUUGUUUACUCUCGACCUUACGAUGUUAUUCCCAAGAUUCUGAAAAACGAAGAAGACCUGUUGGUUGAUGAUGAGGAACUGAAGAAGCAGAUACAUGAGACUGCUGAAGAAACAAAAGCUGCCAUUGAGAAGAUUGUGAAUGCGAGGCUGAGAACAUCACAACCUAGUAAUGUAACCAAGGCAUCGAGUGACUCAGCGUACAUCAAGUAUAAGCCAUCCCAACAAUCUGCAGCGUUCAACUCCGGUGCUAGAGAGAGGAUCGUGAGGAUGGUGGAGAUGCCUGUAGAUCCCCUUGAUUUACCAAAGUUCAAGCACAAGCGAGUUCCCAAAGCUUCUGGUUCUCCGCCUGUUCCAGUCCUGCAUUCACCUCCGAGGCCCGUUACUAUCAAGGACAGACAAGACUGGAACAUCCCUCCUUGCAUCUCCAACUGGAAAAACCAGAAAGGUUAUACAAUCCCCCUUGAAAAACGCCUUGCCGCUGAUGGAAGGGGCCUGGAAGAGGCUCAGGUAAGUGAUGACUUUGCCAAGUUGACAGAGGCGCUCUAUGUAGCUGAGCAGAAAGCUAGGGAGGCUGUUUCAGUGCGGGCCAAGGUUCAGAAGGAGAUGGUGAUGAAGGAGAAGGAAAGAAAAGAGCAGGAGCUGAGGGAUCUUGCCCAAAAGGCUCGGCGCGAGAGGGCUGAGGCUGCAGUAACAAUAUCUAGCGAGAGUGUUGAACGACCAGGAGGCGAUUGUGAGACGGAAAGAAAACAGAGGGAUAAGAUUCGAGAAGAGCGUCGUAAGGAAAGAGAGAGGGAGAGAAGGUUGGAAACCGCGGGGGGUAAGAAGAGCAAGAUCACAAGGGACAGUGAGCGUGAUAUCACUGAGAAGGUUGCGCUUGGAAUGGCAACUGUUGGAGGCAGAGGUGUUGAAGUCAUGUACGAUCAACGGCUGUUUAACCAAGACAAGGGCAUGGACUCGGGUUUUGCCAUUGAUGACCAAUACAACGUAUAUGACAAAACAUUAUUCACGGCGAAGCCCACUCUCUCGACGCUGUACAAGCCAAAGAAGGAUGUGGAUGAUGAAAUGUAUCACGAGCAGCUCCAGAAGAAGCCCAUGAACACUGACAAGUUCAAACCAGACAAAGCAUUCACCGGUGCGGGGAAGAGAGAACGACCUCUUGAGUUUGACAAGGAAGCUGAGGAAGAUCCUUUCGGUCUUGCACAGUGGGCGUGUAAUCUGAAGAAAGGUAAGAAACAUUUAGGGUCUGGAUCAGGAACUAUGAGAGCAAGUGGUGGUGGAUGUAGCUCUUCGGAGGAGGAUUACUAUGGUGGUUCUGCUCGGACCAAGAUCAAUUUCGAACGUUUUCCUAGGCAGGGACUUGCUUCUGUCUUUGAAGUACUUGCUGGUUUGGUCUCUGCAAUAGUGGACAGUAUUUCAAGACCGUCGUUGUGGGGUAUACCGGUGGACUUAGCUUCCAUGUUGCCAUUCUCUGAUGCAUACUUCCCUUUCCAGUGUCAAUUUCUGAGAAUCUUGGCUGGUCCUCUCACCUUUAAGUCUCUCCUAAUGUUAGCUCAUACCGUCAGUAAACCAUCUGCUGUUCCUGGGCAACAAGGACAGGAUGCUUAUUGUAAGCCUACUCCGAUAAAAUUUCAAGCAUUAGAUGACAAAACAGAAUGGUGGUAA